CCCUGCCUGGAGCACAGUUCAGUUGCGGACAUUGCAGAGUUUACAGCCACACGUGUCAUGAAGAACUUCACCUUGAUAGCUGCUUUGACUCUCUGCAGCUUUAGCUGGAUCUCUGCCUCAGCCUCUCAGUCUCAGACUGUGGAGGCUCAGCCUGGUGAAGAAGUCACACUGCAGUGCAUGAACACCAAUGGCGCAGUGAUAUUCUGGUUCCGACUGGUCAACAGAACCAAGGUCAGCUGUGUCUCUGUGAAGAUCCAACCUGCUGAUGCUCAAAACUGUGAAGGAUUUGGAAAUGGGAGAUUUGAAAUGAGAAGCAGCAACUCGACGGUCUCUCUGAAAAUCAGUUAUGUGGCUAAAUCUGAUGCAGGACUGUAUUUCUGUGGAUUUUACACCGGCGGAGAUCUAACUUUCAAUGUAGUAUAUUUAGAUGUCAAAGGCAGCGAUGAGUCACAUGAUGAUAAGGACAGCAAAGGAGAGUCUGACAGAAUAGCAAUGCUGACAAGUGCGAUCCUGGGUGCUCUGACUGUUGUCCUCAUACUGGUCAUCAUUGGUCUGGUUGUUAAAGUCAGGAAACUUCAGACAGCUGUUGAGGAAGAACAGAACCCAGAGCAAAUAGAGAAUGUGGGCCGUGACGAUGACGUGAACUACGCAGCAGUGACAAUUCGACCGAAAGCAAAAAGAAGAGAGCCGGAGCCAAAUGUUAUCUAUGCUUCAACCAGAUAGACUCCGGAGGCAACUGGAGCUGAUGCUCUAUAUGGAAAUAUUUUGGAGCUUUUGUGUGCCAUGUUGGUGAGAGCAAUUACCAAUCCAGCCAAAAGGUUUACUUAUUCAAUAAAGAUCAUGUGUUCAUCCCUUCUUAAGUGUCUUCCUACCACUGGUAUGUUUUGAUGGAGGAGCCAGUAAGGACGACGAUGACUGCUCAGGUUGUUUUAUAGUAAGAGAUAGAUUCAGGUCUCUGACAGUGGAGGAGUGAGUGAGGCACACAUCACUUGUUUGACAGGAAGAGACAGCACAGUGUGGUCUGAGCACAACUGAGGUGAAAAUCUUGAGGCCUAUAGAUCAAAGCUUUCUAAUAAAAGAAUCUGACAUGGCACAGUGAAUACUGACUGAGGG